CUCUUCCAUCCAUCCAUCCAUCGAGCUGCCACUUGACGCCAGCAGGCAGCUGAGUUCAGAGAGGAGACUCGAACAUGGCAGCUCCGACAGCAUUCUUCCUCGGCGUUUGCGCGGUGCUGCUGGCGGCCGCCGUCGCCAACGCCGACGCGGCUUCCGUGGUGGUCGGCCUGGCCAAGUGCGCCGGCUGCACCAGGAAGGACAUGAAGGCCGAGGAAACGUUCAAGCGUCUCCGCGUGGCGAUCAAGUGCAGGAACGUUGAGGGCGAGUACGAGAGCAAGGCGGUGGGCGGCCUCGACCGCACCGGCGCCUUCAGCGUGCCCCUGGCCACCGACCUCCACGGCGCCGACUGCGUCGCGCAGCUUCACAGCGCCGCCUCCAACGCGCCGUGCCCCGGCCAGGAGCCGUCCAAGAUCGUGCCACUGUCCGAGGGCGCCACCACCUUCGGCGUCGUCGCCGGCGCCAAGACCACCGCCACGCCGUCGGUGGCGUCCCCGGAGUGUGCGUCGGCCUUCUGCCCCUCGACCACGCCCUGGAAGAAGCCCCGCGGCGGCGGCCACCACAAGAAGAAGCACAACCCGCACAAGCCGGAGACCAAGGCCCUGCCGUAAACAGAACUCCAUCCGACUCCAUUGAAAUCCCCAUGAUUUCGUUCUGUCACCGUGUGCUAUUUACGAUUUCAGUGUCUGCAGAACUCACCGUGUGUUAUGAGAAGGACAGACGGAUCUGCGUGUGUCACGGUGUAUCCUUCUUACCAGUGUUUGUAAUAUCAGUGUGAUUUUUCUACGGAAAACAAGAAGUUAUCGUAAUAAAUCAAGUAAUAUAUC